CUUUGGUGGCACCUCUCCAGCCGCCCCUCCCCUUGCGUACGCAACGCACACACAGGCCGCACGCGUGGGCUUUCUCGCAGGCCAGGGAGAGCGAGCUGGGGGAUCAACAUGCCUAAGGUCAAGCGGCGGAGGGGCACGGGGGGCGCAGGGGAGGCGGCCAGGAACGUGUCCCUGGCCGAGCAGAUCAUAGACGGGGACUCGGUGAAGCCCACCACGCGGGUGAAGCGGCGAGGCAGAGGCGGGCAGCAUGGCGGUGGGGAACAGGAGGACCAGUACGUGGAUGAGAAGCUGUCCCGGAGGAUCCUGGAGCAGGCUCGGAUCCAGCAGGAGGAGCUGGAGGCUGAGCACUGCCCCGGCAAAGGAACCGAACCGAAGAAGGAGAAGACCACGGUGCUGGGGUCUGGAUCACAGGAUGUGGAUUCUGAUGCAGAGGAUGAUGAGUGGCCCACACUGGAGAAGGCUGCUGCAUCCAUGGGAAAGGGGGAGUACUGUGAGGAGGUGACGGUGGACCCUGAGGAUGAGAGAGCCAUUGAAAUGUUCAUGAACAAGAAUCCGCCGCUAAGGCUCACGCUAGCCGAUAUCAUCAUGGAGAAGAUCACGGAGAAGCAGACAGAGGUGGAGACAAUGAUGUCGGAAAUAUCGGGCCACCCCAUGCCUCAGCUGGACCCCCGCGUACUGGAGGUCUACAAGGGUGUCCGAGAAGUGCUAUCCAAAUACAGGAGUGGCAAACUCCCCAAAGCAUUUAAAAUCAUCCCAGCACUGUCAAACUGGGAGCAGAUCCUUUACAUCACAGAGCCAGAAACAUGGACUGCAGCUGCCAUGUAUCAAGCAACCAGGAUCUUUUCCUCCAACCUGAAGGAGAGGAUGGCCCAGCGCUUCUAUAACUUAGUGCUGCUCCCACGAGUGAGGGAUGACAUCGCCGAGUACAAGCGCCUCAAUUUCCACCUCUACAUGGCUUUGAAGAAGGCUUUGUUCAAGCCAGGAGCCUGGUUCAAAGGGAUCCUGAUCCCCCUGUGUGAGUCGGGGACCUGCACGCUACGGGAAGCCAUCAUCAUAGGGAGCAUUCUUGCUAAGUGCUCGAUCCCCGUCCUUCACUCCAGUGCUGCCAUGCUGAAGCUCGCCGAGAUGGAAUACAGCGGCGCCAACAGCAUCUUCCUGCGCCUGCUCAUCGACAAGAAAUACGCUCUGCCCUUCCGCGUGGUAGACGCCCUGGUCUUCCACUUCCUGGCCUUCCAGACGGACCGGCGCACCUUGCCCGUGCUGUGGUACCAGUGCCUCCUGACCUUCGUCCAGCGCUACAAGGAGGACCUCUCCUCGGAGCAGAAGGAAUCCCUAUUGGAGCUGCUCAAGUUCCACUGCCACCCGCAGAUCUCGGCCGAGAUCAGGAGGGAGCUGGUGAACUCCAAGUCUCGGGACGUGGAAGGGCUGCAGCCGGUGGCCAUGGAGUGAGGCUGGGGGAGAGAGGUGGGGACUGCAGGGAGCUGGGGACUCUUUCUGGCAGGGAGAAGCUGCAGCCCAGAAUUUGCCUUAUGGCUCAUGGCUUGCUGGGGACGCUGUCCCAUGGCUGCCUUCUUCACUGGAAGAGGAAGAGGGGCUCAGCUGGCGAGCUAGAUCUUUGGCUGGACCAAGCGGUGUGUGUCCGUCACUGAGAUCCCCCAUGACUCCUUCCCCAUGGCCCAGGGGGCGGAAGCAGGCCGUGCUCUUCACCUGGCCCUUCCCUGGGAGUUAAACUCUGCAGUGGUGGAAGCUGCCUCAGAUCAGAAGAUGUGCUUACUGGCCUGAGACCAACAGGUGUCCUGGGAGAGUGAAAGAGCUCUGGGCUGCUCCUGUGUCUGAGAAUAAAACGUUUCCCCGGGACAUACAGAGCGUGCUCUAGUGUCUGGUGCAAUUGGAAAGAUUCAGUUGCAGCCACUUUAAAGGGACGGUCAGGUGGCAGGGAGCCAGCUCCUUCCUCCUCCUGGAAGAGGUGGUGCAUUCGGGGGCAGUCACUGAGGGCACGUGUGAUCUGUUCCAGUCCCUGCUCCGCCAGCACCACUGUCCCCUUGAUGCACGCUGAAGAACUCUUCCCUUCCUCUCAAUGCUGCCUUCCGUCUUCUGUAACUUGUCCCUCGUUUCACUGAGGAUAAAUUUGAAAGGCAGCCCCGGGUUCCCUGCACAGCAGGGAACGAGAUUGCGCUCUCCCGCAUACAUCUUGGUUGCUGGCGGGCGAUGCCCUGGGGAAGGAUUGGUGUCUGGGUUGGCAGCUGCAGACGUUUCCGUUCGGUGAGCAGAAUCAGUUAUUCCCCCGCCUGAGGUGCAGUCGGCACCAGGCUGCUUCUGCAGGCACGGGAAGAGUAAUGCAUUCGAUGGGGGUUUAGCUCCAGGGGAGACUGAUGGAGCAGUGGGUUUGUUUGCAGAGAGCUGGCUCCCUCAGGACAGCCACUCACUAGCAGGGAGAUGACGGAACAAUGUGCAGAGCUCCCAUCAAUCUGCUCCGUAGCGUUUAGCAGGAACGGUCACAGGGGAAGGCAGCUACUCUGUAAUUACCCAGCUGCACGUUGAAAGGAGCGCUCUCGGCGUAAGUGAUUGAGAGCCGCCUGCAAGCCAGGAGGGAUGGGGGACAGAACAGGAAGCCAAAAGCAAGGCUGGGUGUUGGUAGCAGUUCUGCACAGUGGUGAGGAGGCAGCUGGGAAGAAGCCACAGACAGGAGGUGAUGGAGCCAGGACUCCUGGGUACUGUCUCUAGGUGUGACCUUGGGGACGUCACUUGGCCACACAGGGUGUAAUGAAGGGGGAGCGAUUAUCUCACCAUGUCCUUGGAUCACCCCCUACGUAAGCACUAACCGUGUCCCUUCGAGUAGAUGCGCUGAUACAGGAGAGCCCAGAAAGCCUGUUUGAACUUUUCCUCUCUCCAAUUGGACGUUGCUUCCCUCCCUGCCACCCGUGCAGGGGCAGACUGGGACUCACCUGUUAAAAUGAUACAUGUGUUACUCACUCCAAGGCUAAAGACGAGGCCCGUAACUGAUCUGACCCAGCCAUUCAGGGCUCAGUUAAGAUGCAGACUGAACACUGCCGCCACCCCCAAUUCUCAAUGAUUUCAAUUGGCUCCUGAGCCACUGUUACUGCUUUAGAGAAGGGACCUAUUCUCUUUUACUCCUUCCAUCUCAGCGUUUACUGGGGCUGCCGGAGGCAGCUGAGAGGGGAGGUGGAAGGAGACAGGAAGUUUGGGCUUGGCGACUGCUUUUGGCCGGGUCAGUACAGCACCUAGCACAUUGAGGCCCUGGCCUGAUCCGUGAUGGGGGCCUCUGGAUGGUCCUGCACUGGAAAUAAUUCACAGCAGUUGAACUCGCUCCUAGGUCUGAACAAGGGAAGGGGACUGGUUAUUUGAAGAGGUGGUAAGAGGAGCUCUCCUGGGGCCUGUCCCCUACGCAGUUGAUCCAGAAGGUCAGCCAGGAUGAGAUUGGCACCUGUGCAGGUAUGAGUCUGGGAGCCCUUUCCACACCCACCCGUUCUACUGGAGACAGCCACAACCUGGAGCUUUAAGAGUGGCGGAGCCAUUGUCCUCUGGCUGCUCAGCCUACCUCCUCUGAGCGCUGCAGUUCAGGGUCCAGUCCCCAUGCAGGCAAAGCUGAGGCCUUGAAAUCAGUGGAGACCUUAGUCCUUCCAGGGCAAUGGCCUAUAUGGCAACUGUCCCCCCAGCAACACAGGAGGCUUAGAGUCUGUGUCCUAGCCUGCUAAGCCAGCUCCUUGUCUAGUUAUCUCUGCUCACAGCUGCUCAGAGGCUUUCACACCGCCUUGAGCUAAAGGAAGUUGGGGUUGAUCUACCUCAGUCCUCCAGGAGGUGGCGAAACACAGCAGGCAAACAAAGGGGGCAGGCAGAGGGGCUGUCAGAAUGGGCCCUAUGUAACCCCUGCUCCAGACAGGGCAAAGGGCAGUUCCUUCCGUGCAGGAAGAGGAGCGAUCCUCCCGCUGCUGCUCCUGACUGCAAGAGGACAGGAUGCGAAAUCAUCAGGAUGCCUGUGUUUGAUUACUAACUCCCUCUCCCCCUGCAAGCACCCUGAGCCUCACUUGUGACAGGCAGGGAUAAGAACUACCCUGUAGGGAGCAGGAAGGCAUAAAAGUGCUUUGAGCUACAGGCUAAAGGCCUGGAGACUGCGGAGUUGGAGUCAGCAGCUGUGCUGCCAGGCUUGACUUGUCCUGCUGGAAUCACCUGCUGUGAGGACCCCCUCCCAGGAACAGGGAUUCUGUGCUUACGCAGCAGGCUGGCACAAGAGGGAAGAAAAGGCCCUCUCACAGGGCAGAUGCCAGGCUCCCCAGGCCAUGACCUUAGGGGAAGAAUGUGGUUUCUCUUGCUGCUGGAGGAUGCGCUGCAGGCUUGGCUGUUACCAGGCAGAAUGGCAGGGAGGAAGCAAGGUGCUAAGCCAGUUUUCACGGCAGCCCCACAUCAUCCUCUGCUCAGGCAGCUAGAGCCCAAACCCUCCUGCUGUCGCCACACAUCCCCGCGGCGCUCUGUGGAAAGUACACACAACAGCCACCAGCAGAGCUGAGGAGGGGAGUGUGAGAAAGCAAAGUGGCGAGGUGGUGGCUUUGAAGGGGGAAAUCCCCGAAUGCAAAGAGCUGAGGCAGGGGGAAACCUCCACGUGUCAGCUUGUGGUACCCACUGCUAAAAACAGUCGCUCCAGGGAGCAGCUCAGCACCUCGCUGCAAUGCGCCAGUCCCAGCUCCCCAGUGCUCCUCCUCUGCACCCCCAUGCUCCAGUGUGCUUCCCUACCACACUGCAGUGAAGUCCUUCCCUGCCACUCCAACAAGCCCACCUCCCACACCAGCGCAUCCCUCCUGUCCAGGCCUCUCUAGUGCAUGCUUCUGUGCAGUCACUUCACAGUCACCCUGAAUAAUCGAAGGGGCACAAGCUUUGCAGAGCUGCAAUCGCGAGUUAGCUCACCUUCCCCGUGACACCCAAGCCACGUGCGUUCAUGUUCUGCUUGGCUUUGUAACCCAAAGACUUCCACCUUGUACCCAGAUUUCAUGUGGCUAUGACUCCACUUAAAACUGGGCCUCUGCUAGCUUUACUUUGCAGCUGCUCAGUCAUGCUAAUGUAGCAGGAUGAUCAUACUCUUGCAAAAUUCUCCUUGCAAGAAUUGCUCUCUACGAGUGAUUCUCAGCAUUUUCCAGGGGGCCCCACUCCCAUGCAGCUGGGUCCUCCCGCUAACAUUUAGCAACAGUUGAAUGGCAGGGUGAUCAUGACCCCCCCCCCCUGCCCCCAGAUGCCUUGUUUGCAACCCUCAGGGAGCUCUGUAAGCUCUGAAAAGUGACUGCCAUCAUGGGGUUCCUGUGUUUGUCCAGAUCAAGAAUUCACCAUUUAUAUGUAAAAAGCUCCUUGCCCUCCCUCUGUAAUAAAACAUGAAAACCUGCAAACUCAGCCUGGGAACUGAGAGUCAAGCUGGGUUUCCUCCGUAUGCGUUGCCACCAGCCAGAGGUUCUGCACACCACAUCCUGCCCUCAGGCCUGGAUACUGUCCUUAUCUAUCGCUUAGGCCCACAGUGUCAUCAGUGCAACCCUUCACACAUGCAUGAGGGAUUGGCUCCAUCAUUGAAAGGUAGCAGAAUAUUCUGCCUGUGAUGCAUAGGGAGGCGCAGACUCCAGCUCGCUCUUCUGGGGCACUGCAGUAUUCACAGCACUAAAGGUUUCUAACACCAGCAGCUCACCUCUGUGCUACAGCAGGAGCAGGGCUGUUGAGGAUGAAAGGGCCAUUUUUGAAUCAUGCUGAAAUUAGGUAAUUUGCCUAGAGCCCAUCCACCUGGGGCUGCCCCUUUUCCUACACUCCCUGAUUUUAUCGCCUUCCUUUAGUCAUAACAAGUAGCUGAGGUGGCGAGACUCUAGACUCCUAGUGUCAUUCACGUUCACUCUCCUUGGUGAACUCUUAUCUGCUGUACUGAAAACCAUUUGGCAGAUACUUCAGAGAGUCAGUUGAUGGUUAUAAAAAGUCACAGUCUUCUACCGUGUGCCCCCCACCAGGCCUUGUCCUGAUCCAGGCAUCCUCCCCGCCUCCAACUUCUAAAUAUAUAUUUCUACCUUGAGCUCUGUCCCACUUUCAAGCUGGAGCACUGGGUUCAUCCAACCACCUCCAUGCCAUUACACAGAGGGGAUCACGUAGCCUCUGAUAGGUGCAGCAACAAAGCAAGUAAAGUACAGUGCAAAAUUUGCCCCAGGCUGUGGAGGGGUGGAAGCCUGCAUGUAAUUAAGGACCCCAGUUACUGGAGUGCCCAAGUCUGGGUUCGCCCAUGUACUCCCGCUAGGGCCUAUUGCUGGGGUUCUGAUCGUGGGGUAGGGGAGUGACUUUCUCUAAUACACACUUCUGGUUUAGUUGAGCUGCUUCUCAAAUGAGUUUAAGGCCGGUUGAUUUUUCACCUUGCCACCAUCCAAGCUGCUGCUACUGUCCAGGACACUCCACUGAAAUCUCCCCCCACCCCAGCUUCCCUCUCACCUGCAUUAGCGUCUCAGCUUCAAGACCUUGCCUGCUUCCACCCCAUUCUCCAGCUUUUCUCUUAAUCCAAUAUAUGCUUAUCCCUUUGCCAUUCUCCGGCUCCUCCCCACCUCCUCUUUAUACCCUCUCCCAUAUGAGCCCUACUGACACUUCACACUUCCUUCUUCAAACUCACUUCCUCCCCAGUGUCCUUCAGGAACAAUGCACUUCAUGGACAAUGACAUGGCAAAUUAGCCCCCAGCUGAAGAAUCAGUCAAACUGGAUCCCUCAGCUGUGAGUCAUGUCUUUCUGAACAAGGUCACCUGCAUUUGGUUGGGUUGUAAAUUCUGGGCUAGGGAUUAGAAAGGAGGAGACAGCUAUUGUUUUUGUUGCUGUUAGGAGUGGAAGAACCUGGCUCCAGCGAUCUCUUUGUAUACAGGGCCGUGCCCCGCUCAGGCACUCAAAAAAGAGACAUAAUCUGACUCAGUCUUUCAAAGGGGAAACUUGAGAUGCUUUAACUUUUUUAAAAAAGUCUUUUAUUGCAACAUCAUAUGCUUUCAUCUGGUAUCCCAGCCCUGGAAUUUCUGCAUAUGGAUAGUUCAAACAAUUUUAUUUUUAAAUUAACUCAUUAAUAUAUAUAUAUAUUUUUCCUUUUAUACAAACAGCCCCCAAACAUCAUGUAAUUUCUAUCCCCUCCUAACUUUAACAGCUAGCAGAAGUCAGUGGCAGACAGCUUUCCUUUUUGGCAAAUCAGGCUAAGCACGAUGGGAGGACGGGUAGAAGGAAAAAGCAGCCUGACAAACAAGACUCUGUUUCUGGUGGCAGCCUAGGAGGGAGUUUUUCCUCCUCUCCUCCCUGGAGGGCGACAUAGUCACAGAGUAAGACACCAUCAGUGCCCAGAAAUCAAUGUAAGCAGCAGUGUUCUACCUCCCAUCAUAGCAGACAAGAGUCCAGCUGGCUUCUGCCCUUUAAUAAAAUAGUAAUCUGUAAGAAUCUCUCUUAUCAAAGCAGCAUUUUUUUUAAACUUUU